AUGCAGAAAGGCGCAGAUGAAGCUCCGGUCAGGACUCGCCCCACUCGCCCCACGCGCAGUCGGUCGGAAGCCGCGGCUACCGCGUGCCUUCCCCCCCGCUCACCCAAGCACUACUACCGCCGAACGGAUGACCUCACGACGAGAACGGAUAACGUCACGACGCCAACCGUUGGAGUCGAUCCCGCCAGGGGAGCAGAUGACGUCAUACAGAAGGGGUCGGAUGACGUCACGCCUAACGGCGUUCAUAGCUCUGCGGCGAACGGGGUCCCCCUGAAUGGAGAUGGCGCUGCUGCGGGAGCGGCGCUAGCAUUGGAGUCGAACCCAACAUCCCCCGCACCACACCACCUCCACCACCACCACCACCACCACCACCAGCACCAGCACCAGCAAUCCAAGUCACCCCAGCGCUACCAACAGCAGCAGCAAACGUCGCCGCGUCCCCAAGCACGCUCGCCUGAACCCACCAGAUGGCCGCCCGAGCCCCCGUUAGAGUCACACCGUGGAAAAGGGACCGCCAGGGGGGUAACCCGAGAGGGGGGUAUACGGGACCCAGAGGGCCCUGGUGAGGGGGGCAGUGAGGCGACGGACGGCUCUUCUCGAGGGAAGGGUUCUGCUGUGGUGUAUGCAGCGGAGGGCCCGGUGAGGGAAGAGCGCCGGGACAACACCACCGCAGACCCAGCAGACGCGUGGGUUCACCGCCCCCCCGUGGACGAGGGCAAACCUAUUAGGUGGCGCAAGGGCGAGCUGAUAGGCGCGGGCGCGUACGGGUGCGUGUACAUGGGGCUCAAUCUGGAGUCCGGCGAGCUGCUGGCCGUGAAGCAGGUGCUGAUUCCGUCCGCCUCCACCACCAAAGACAAGGCGCAGCUGAUAGGCGGGGGCGAGCUGAUAGGCGGGGGCGAGCUGAUAGGAGCGGGCGCGUACGGGUGUGUGUACAUGGGGCUGAAUCUCGAGUCGGGCGAGCUGCUGGCCGUGAAGCAGGUGCUGAUUCCGUCCGCCUUCACCACCAAAGACAAGGCGCAGGAGUAUAUCAAGGGACUGGAGGCGGAGGUGGCAGUACUCGAGAACCUCUCACAUCCAAGCAUCGUGGAGUACAUCAAGGGACUGGAGGCGGAGGUUGCAGUGCUGAGGAACCUGUCCCACCCGAACAUUGUGCGCUAUCUGGGCACGGCGAGGGAGGAGGAGGCGCUCAACAUCUUCCUGGAGUUCGUCCCUGGGGGUUCAAUCGCCUCUCUGCUCAACAAGUUUGGGUGCUUCACGGAAAAGGUCAUCCGCAUGUACACGCGGCAGCUGAUGACUGGCUUGAGCUACCUUCACUAUAAUCACAUCAUGCACCGCGAUAUCAAGGGCGCCAACAUUCUGGUCGACAACAGAGGGUGCAUCAAGCUGGCGGACUUUGGGGCGUCACGGAAGUUAGCAGAUCUGGCAACGAUGAUCAUUGAGAUGGCGACGGGCAAGCCACCCAAGAGCGAGAUCACACUGCGGAACUCCUUUCCUUCUCCUGUCUUCCUCGCUGCCUCUCUCUCUCUGCAUUGCAGGCCAGCAGACAUCUGGAGUGUAGCAUGCACAGUCAUUGAGAUGGCGACAGGCAAGCCGCCUUGGAGCGAAUUUCUCUCCCAGGUACCAUCCUCCUUCCCUCCACAUCCUCCUCAUCACGUCCUUCUCUUCACGUCCUUCUCUUCACGUCCUUCUCUUCACGUCCCUUUUUCCUUGCCCACGCCAUUGCCCUUGCUCACACUGAUCAAGCCUGAGCGCUGGUGUCAGCGCUGUGUCAGCGCUGUUCCACAUACCACAGUCCAAGGGCCUGCCUCUCAUCCCACACCUACUGAUCCAAGGGCUCUCACCUUAUCAUGCCUCUCCCACCGGGCCCCCCUCUCCUUGAGCAGGUGUGUCAGCGCUGUUCCACAUAGCACAGUCCAAGGGCCUGCCUCUCAUCCCACAGCUACUGAUCCAAGGGCUCUCACCUUAUCAUGCCUCUCCCACCGGGCCCCCCUCUCCUUGAGCAGGUGUGUCAGCGCUGUUCCACAUAGCACAGUCCAAGGGCCUGCCUCUCAUCCCACAGCUACUGAUCCAAGGGCUCUCACCUUAUCAUGCCUCUCCCACCGGGCCCCCCUCUCCUUGAGCAGGUGUGUCAGCGCUGUUCCACAUAGCACAGUCCAAGGGCCUGCCUCUCAUCCCACAGCUACUGAUCCAAGGGCUCUCACCUUAUCAUGCCUCUCCCACCGGGCCCCCCUCUCCUUGAGCAGGUGUGUCAGCGCUGUUCCACAUAGCACAGUCCAAGGGCCUGCCUCUCAUCCCACAGCUACUGAUCCAAGGGCUCUCACCUUAUCAUGCCUCUCCCACCGGGCCCCCCUCUCCUUGAGCAGGUGUGUCAGCGCUGUUCCACAUAGCACAGUCCAAGGGCCUGCCUCUCAUCCCACAGCUACUGAUCCAAGGGCUCUCACCUUAUCAUGCCUCUCCCACCGGGCCCCCCUCUCCUUGAGCAGGUGUGUCAGCGCUGUGUCAGCGCUGUUCCACAUAGCACAGUCCAAGGGCCCGCCUCUCAUUCCCGACCAUCUGUCUGCGGACGCAAAGGACUUUCUGCUGCGCUGCUUCCACCGUGAUCCAAACAAGCGCCCAAGUGCGGCUGACCUUCUCAAGGCACCUCUCUCCCCCACCAGCCCUCCGGACUACUGGCAUGACACGCUCCCUGGUAGCCCCUCCCUUGCCUCCCCUCACCAUCACCAACACGCACCCACCAGCCCCCGCCUUGCUGACAAUACUGACACGCCUACUUCUCGCCUAACACACCACCUGACCCCCCCCACCUCGCGCCUAACACCCCAGAGCACGCACAACUCUCGCCUAACAGAAACCACUCUCCAUGACACCUUACAGACGCCUUUGGACAGUGACUCGCCCGACCCUGCUCCUUCUGCUUCCUUCUCCCAUAAUCUGGCUGAUCUUACCCACUCAAGGGACGCUGGGGAACAAGGGCAGGGACACGAUUGGCAGGGGCAGAGGCAGGGACAGGGGAAGGAGCAGAGGCAGGAGCAGCAGGGGAAGGGGGGGGAGGGGAAGGAAGGCGAGGGGGUGCGCAUGUCACGGGCGAAUCUCAUGUCAGUAACCAGCACUGCAUGGCAGCCUGGAACCUUCUCGGAGCUUUCUGACCUCUCGUUUCGGAGCGAUUUCAACCCGAUGGAGGAGCCAUCGCACAACGACCCGCUAGGCUCAUACGUGACAGCAGCGCGGGGGCACGGGGGCGAGUCGUCUGCUUGCACUGAGGACGAGGUUACAGGGCCUCUCAGAGAGCACGUGGGCGCGGAUAGUGCCUCCCGGGAGGAUAUGUGCUCUGAUUCACUGGGUGGGACGAGCAGUGGAGCAGUGGGAGAGAGGGGAGACCGGGGAGAGGGAGAGGGAGAGGGAAGGGGGAAGGAGAGGGGGGACGAGGGGGAGAGUGGGGAGGUGGAGGGAGGAGAGAAGGAGAAGGGAUGGGAGGGGGGCAGGGCUGGUGGAGGGGGGAGGGAGGGGCAGGAGAGGGGAGGGGAGGAUUGUGUGGCUGUGAUGCUCAGUCGUGGGAGUGCAGGCGGGCAGGAGUUGAAGCAAGGGCAGGAGAGGAAGGAAGGGCAGCAGAAGCUGCCAGUGGAAGGGCCGAGACAAGCGGAGGAGUUGAGAGCAGCUGAGCAGGUUAGGGCAGCAGAGGGGCUGAGAGCAGCAGAGGAGCUGAGACAAUCUCUGCCCCAGCUCGACUUAUCUCUAGCAAUGUCACACGGCCUAGAGGACUCACACGGCCGGGGGGGUCCAGACGAAGCGGAUGGUGUGCUGGCAGUGCAGCAGCAAACAGAACAGCAGGCGGAGCGGCAGGAAAUGCAGCAGAGAGUACAGCAGGGAGAGCAGCAGGCGGCAGUGGGUGGUGAGAAAAUCGGUAGGCCUUCCUCCCCUGCAAUGCUGAAGCAGGGUCACAACACGCCAGGGCAGGCCACCGUACCCAGCCGGCCUGCUGGGCUCUCCCCCUCUCCCCGCCGCCAUCGCGAGUCCUCUCCUGCCCGCAAGAAGCGGAUUCUGAAAGAGAGCUUUGUACUUCCACGGGAUUUGUCACCCUCUGCCCGCAUGCAACCAGGUGCAGCAGCAGCAGCAGUGACAGGAGCAACGGCCGCUGCAGCAGCAGCAGCAGCAGCAGCAACACCAGCACCGGCAGUGGUGACGGCAGCGGCAACAGGACCUGCAGCAGCCCUCUCUUCUCCCUCCACUGCCACUCAAAGCCCGUCUCCCUCCCUCCCCUCCCCCUCCCGCCGCUCCGCCUCCCCCUCUUCCUCCUCCUCUGCCCGCCGAUCCCACCACCUACCUUCCCGAAUCAUCCACUCGAUCAGCCAAUCAGCUAUCUCCGUUCCUGGACCCGUCUCAUCCCCCUCCUAUCGCAGCUUUGAAGGGCCCCUCUCAGGGAAAGCAGGGGAGGGGCAUAGGGUUACCCGCACCCCCUCUCAUGGGAGUGAACAGAGAGCAGUGGGGAGUGAGAGGAGUGAGAGUGAGAGCAGAGGAGGGGAAGGUGGGUCGGGGAGGGCGCCGACUCUUUCCCCUCGGCCGCCUGGGAUUGUCAGCAGCAAGUCGGGCAGCUGGGUGAACAGCAGCGAGGGCGACUUUUCUGGGCGGCAGCACCCGGGCAGCUUUGAAGGUUUUGGGCAGGAGGGGAGGUUUGGGAGGCAGGGGAGUGGAGCGUUGCACAGAGGGGGGAGAGGGAGUGUGAGCACCAGUCGAGCAUCGGUUGGGGAAGGAGGGGUUGGAGGUUCAGUAGUGGGGUUAGGAGGAGUGGGGAGGGUUUUGAGUGGUGGGGGAGGGGUGCCGGUGGGGAGGAGUGGGUCGGGAGGGAGCUUGUUUGCGAGUGGAGUGGGAGGGGUGAUGUACCCUUCUGGAGGGAACGUCUUGGCCCUGCUACAUGACAGCACUGACAGCUUUGUUGGCCAAUCCGGGGACCUCAAGCGACAGCAGUGGGAGGCAGAGCUACAGCAGGAACUGGCAUUGCAGCGAGGUGCGUGUGUGUAA